UUCCUCCUAAGGUCACGUGACUUUUCGAGCGCUCCGGAAUGGCUCCGGCCUGACAAUUUAAUAGAAGAAACUCGGAAGCUCUCCAACACUCUAAAUAUAUGGGAAUUUGGCUCAAUCUUGCAAUUAUUUACAAAACAUGAAGACAAGGAACCAAUAGAGCGCCGUUAUUUAGUUUUAGGAGACUAUUUUGGAUCAAUUCCAUCUCAAGAUAGUGCAACUUGUCAGCGAGAAGCCGACAUUAUAAAAGAGAUUUUCCCACAAAUCGACAGAGGAUAUAUUGUAAAGUUAUUAGAAAUUAUAGGCAAUGAAGAAAAUCGCAUUCGAAUUAUUAUAAAACUUCUACUUAGAAGGGUAAAUAAAAUUCGCAAGCGAGCCAAUAAUGAUAUGGACUCUGUCAGUCAAUCGCCGACAAAAAAAGUUAAAUUAAAUGACGAACUUGAUGUUUCGUAUUCUACUGCUGGUGAACCUUCUACCUCUAAAGUGCAAACUACCUUACCCCGCCACAAUGUGCUUGAUAUAAACCAGCCGUCUACUUCUAAGGCACCUGAAGUUCCACUGCUAUGUGAUUGGCUUGGUACAAAUCAGCCUUCCACAUCUAAAUCACGAGAGAAUUCAACAGUGGUUAAAAUAGAUGAUGCUAAAUUGCCCGAAUUAUCAGUGGUUGAUGAAGUCUCGCAUUUGUUUCAGCUUCCUACAGCCACUAACAGAGAUAAAGUUGCUGAGUGGUUAGAUAUUGUUGACGCACCUCCAGCGGUAGAAUCAAGUCAACCUAAAGAAGACGUUACGCCAUUCCAUCUGCAUAAACAUAUUCAGGAGAUGUUUUCAAAUAUUUCCAUAAAAUAUAUAAGGACUCUAUGUAAAAGACUAAACCUAAAUAAGCACGAGCGACCUCCUGAAGAAGUGAUGGAUUUCAUAAUCUCAACAUUGGUAAACAAUACUUUGUACGAUGGAGAUGAAGAUGAAGAUGAGGAAGAUGAAGAUGAAGAUGAGGAAGUUGAAAUAACGAAUGUGACAACCCAGGAACCUACAAAAUCCAAGAACACACUUAACGAAAAUGAUAUUCCAAAAAUACGUUUAAGAAGAACAACAAAUGGUUUUAUACAAAAUGUGGCAAGGCUUCCAACUGUUGAGGAAAUUGUUGAAGAGAGUCGAAAUGCAAUUUUCCCAGAUGACGUAGAGAUGACUGAAAAUGGCUUGGAAAGCAUUUUAGAUCAGUUACGAGAAGAACAAAAUGCAGAUGAGCCACACGCAUUACCAGAAGAGGAACAACUAGAUAAUAAAUUGGUUCAUCCGCUGAUGGAAAUAUUUCCAGACGCAUGUCCACAAUUCAUACGGAAGAUUUGUAAAGGAAAGCGCCACUCGCCUGCUGUAAUGGACAAUUUAAUUGCCAAAAUCCUGGAUACGGAUAUGGAUUAUCCAAAACGGCAAAAAGUUGAAAGCCCACCGUGCCGUUUGAAUGCUUCCGAACAGCUGGAGCUAAUGAAGAGCAUACUUGUGGACGCUGAUCCGGAUUAUUUACAAAUGCAUUGCGAUCGUCUAAUAGAUAAUCCAGACGAACUUAAAGCAUUUGUGUCUGAAGCACUCGAAACACGAGACUAUCCUACGUUGAAAGAAUAUUUGAGGAAGAAACAAAUAUCCGCCCAACAAAACCAGUACACAAAUAAAUUUAGUGUCGCCAAAUUUCUAGAGGUAAUACCCGAUCCUUUUCAGUAUUUUGCUGAUUCAAAGCGUAAAGUGAAUGGAUUAGAUAAUCAUAGUCACCAUUAUGCUAUGUGUUACCUACGAAACAAAUUUGCAUUAGUAAGUGUGCGAUCAAUCCGCGAAUCCUUUAUUAAAAAUGAAGAAAGGUUUUUGGCAACUUGCAAAGAACUAGAAAGUUACCCUUCUUUCAAAAGAUUGAAAUCAAAGCGACCAAAGGUGGUGAUGCCUUCUGUAAUUCAAAACAUACCUCUUCUUCAAGAAAUUGCCUUCUAUGACCAUCAAGAGGAAAUAACGGAAUUUUUAAAUAAACGAAAAAUAGAAGAAGAGAUGGAACGUAAGCAGGCCAAAGCCGCGGGAUUAUUGCAAACGUGUGCUUGUUGCUACGACGAUGAAAUCAUGUUCAAAGAUAUCACUUCUUGCGAAGCUGGCUGUAUAUUUUGUAAAGAUUGUGUACGGAAAGGUGCGGAGGUUGCGUUUGGAGAUGGUAAAUUGGAUUUUCCCUGUCUUGGCGAUUGUGAGUCCCAUUUUAGUUUACAAGUUUUACAGGCUGUGCUUACCCCAAAAAUGUUUUCUGUCGUCGCUUUAAAGAAACAAGUCGAAGAAGUAAAAGCGGCUGGAAUUGACGAUUUGGAAACAUGUCCUUUCUGUGAUUUUGUCACUAUACCUGCUCGUGAUGAUAAAUUGUUUAGGUGCCUAAAUCCUGAGUGUAUGAAAGAGUCAUGUCGAAUGUGUAAGGAACCUUCGCAUGUGCCUUUACGUUGCGAUGAAGUUGAGAAGGAUGCAGACGUUAAAGCUCGGACAUACAUUGAAAAUAAGAUGACUGAAGCACUACUUAGAACCUGCUACAAAUGCGGUAUGAAGUUCAUAAAAUCAGACGGUUGUAAUAAGAUGACAUGUUCGUGUGGAGCUCUUAUGUGCUAUGUUUGUAAUCAACCUGUCAAAGAUUAUAACCAUUUUAACGGACCCGGUGGUGAUAAAACAAAUCUCUGUCCGCUAUAUAGCGAUACCAAUCAGCUGCAUAAGGAUGCAAUAUUAAAAAGUGCAGAAGAAGCUAAGAACGAUAUAGGAAUUAGCGUAGCCAAAAAGUUAAAAAUUGAUCCCACCGCUGAUAUUCAACACCACUAUAAGACGAACACAAAACCCGUUAUUCCAGCAGCUCCUGUUAAUCCCUUUUUAGGAUUGAAUCGUGAAGAUCUGCUUUUACAGGAGAGAGCAUUGCAAAUGUUUGAACAUUACAAUAGACGCCUGCAUCAUCGACGUGGCCAUCACUAGUUUUUAGAUUAUGUUUUGAAGUUAAUAGUGUGCAUAUAUAUGUAUUUUUGUACUGAAUUUUAUAAAUACCGUUUCAAAUUUCUAUGUUAAAUAAAAUUAUAUUUUAUG